AUGGCAUCGCCAAAAACAAUAAAUAUUAAAGUCUAUUCCGACACCAUUUGUCCAUGGUGUUACAUCGGUCUCCGCACCUUAGAACAAGCGAUGACCCUCUACCAACGCACCUAUCCUGGCGCCUCCGAAGACGUAUUCCACAUAAUUUGGUCGCCUUACUACCUCGAUGCCAACUUGCCCACUCCUGGCAUCCUCGCAUCCACCCGAGUAGCGCAGAAGAACGGUGCCGAGCGCACAGAAGGCAUCAUGAUGCGGCUGAAACGUGUAGGACAAGCUCACGGUAUCAACUUCAGCUUCGCCGGCAAAGUUGGAAACACUCGAGAUUCACACCGCAUGAUGUAUCUCGCGGGACUCAAAGGCGAAGAUGUGCAGAUGAAGCUUGCAAAAGAGUUGUUUGCGAUGCACUUCGAAGGAGAUACUGAUAUUACUUGUUACGAUGACCUGCUCAAAGCUAGCAUUGCUGCAGGUUUGACAGAACAGGAAGCGACAGAAUGGUUGGACAGCGAUAAUGGCGGACCAGAGGUCGACGAAGAGGCACAGCGGGCUAGGGACUCGGGAGUAAAUUCAGUACCGACUUUCGAGGUCAAUGGUAGAAAGCUCGAGGGUGCUGAAGAUGUAUCGGCAUUCUAUGAAGUAUUUGCGGGCAUCAAAUCCUCUGGCUGA